CAUCAAGGUUAGGCUGUAUUUAAUAUAAAGAGCAUGUUUAGUUGAACCUACUUAAAGUUCUACUAAACACCCUCUUUAAGGCCCAAACUACAAACGGGCGGCCUCCAGAGUCACAACAAUGGCCUCAGCCGAGAGACCCCGAAUCCUUCUUCUCUCUCUCGCAUAUCGCGACUUUCUCGAUGAAGUCUACUGCACGCUCUUCAGCAGGCUCUCAGAAUUGGCCAACAUCAAGCGCGCGAAGACCGCGAACGCCGCGCUUCAAAUAAUCGGCGAGACCACCUUCAAAGCAAUCAUCAUAACAGACGAAGGCCUUGCCGAAUCCGAUCAAGAGAACCAGGAAGUGCUGGCUAAAAUAAAAGCUUACGUUGAAAAAGGCGGGAUUGCUAUAGUCGGCCUGCACUUCCCCAACUUCACGCCCAUGGAUAAGUUCAGGAGGUUCUUCGAGGCCUUUGGCCUUGCCUGGAAAAAUGGCGACUAUCAUCGCACAACCUUCCGGCUUAAUCCAUCGGUCCUCUUGCCCGAAAGCAUUGAGACAGCUUCGUUGCCUGGGCCGUAUAGCAUGAAGGUUCUUCAUGUCAAGAACGCUAAGCGUCAGGAAAAGAUCUUUAUUCCGAUUGAAGGCGCGGUAACUCAGAGUCUUGUUUUCCCUCCAGAUUAUGUGAAUCAAACUCAAGCUGCCGUUGCAGGGGCAAGGCUCGGGUGGGGUUAUCUUGUAUACUGUGGAGAUGUUAAUGGGGAGGAUGGAUCAAAUCAGCUUAUUUUGGCGCUUUGCGGGUUUUAGGGACAAUACAGUCUCAUGAAUAUUAUGAUAGCUAGCGAGGGCUUGGCAGGAAAUGACAAAGCGCUGAGUCCAC